AUGUCCAGCGACCUUGAAGCCCGGUUCAACGAGCUGGUAUCCAUCUUGCAUGCCACUCCAUCAGCAUUUUUGAUCCCUUUGACAUUUACCGCACUACUUACCAUUCUUGCGGAACUGACAUUGGCGCCGACGUUCUCGUGCCGAAAGCGCCUUGCCCAAUACGUGACCGGCUCGAGUCUCUUCCCGGCGUGGUUCUCGAAAUGGAUCCUGGAGUUUGCGCAGGAGCAGUCCGCCAUCAUCAUCAGCCCAAACUACAGACUCUUGCCCGAGGUCAAGGGAAUCGACAUUCUGGAGGACAUGAAGAAUUUCUGGGACUGGUACAAGAAAGGAGGACCGCAACAGUCUCUCCAGGCUGUCGGGCGACAUGAUGUGCAGCUUGAUUCUGGGAAAUUGCUUCUCAUUGGAGAGAGCGCCGGAGGCUACCUGGCUUUGCAAUCCGUAUUGCUCGGGUUUGUCUGGCCUAGCGCAAUCGCCGCUCUGUACCCCGUGCUCGACCUGCUCUCGGACCAUUUCACGCGAUGCUAUCCGAAACCUAUUGUAGGCGUUCCAAACUUUCCAUCAUCCGUGGUUGAUGAGUUCCUUGCAAGCAUGUCAGAGGGGACAGUGGUAACAGAGGCCGACCCUCCGACACGGCUUGACCUCGCUUUCGCAGUCGCGCAGAAUGGUCGCUUCCUGGACUUGCUUGGCGACGAUCCAGACUUGUUUAUCCUUGAAAAACUCAAACAGGCCAAGCUUUCCGUCUCGAACAGCAGUCACGGGACUUUAUUCCCCCCUCUCUACGUUUUACAUGGCGAGCAGGACUCUGCAGUGCCUGUCGAAGGGACAUUGAAGUUCAUACAGUGUCUCAAGGACAUUGACCCAGCAGCCAAGAUCCACACUGCCAUUCGGGCGGGCGACCAUGGUUUUGACUCUACGGCUUCUGCAAAGGAUGACUGGAUGCGAGAGGGUCUGGAUUUCGUCGUCAUGGAAUGGAUCCGCCAUAACUCGACAGUUUGA